UUCUCCAUUCGAUGUGCUACGCGCAGGCACCCAACACAUAUGCACAUCGACUUUAUUCCUUACCUGUGUUACAUCUUAUGGGAUUUGUUUACACUUGGCGAAGCGCACGGAUCAAUAAUCGUCGCUUUUAGCGCUGGAUGUUACUCCGUUUUCGCUCCUAUAAGAGAUCGCACAGCAAAGGAUACUGUCAUCCGCAAAUCCAAAUCGAUCUUACUCCACAUUGGCUUUCAAGACGAGUCUUUUUCUUUCGUUUUUUUUUCCUCGACUGUAGCAGAUCCGUAGCUUUCACACGAUUCGCUAGUUAUUUGCGUGAGGUAUUAAUCGAGCUGUGGGAUAAGAAGAAGCUAACACGCUCGCUAAAUCGCUGCAGUAUAGUUCGCCCCAUCGCAUCACCCCAUGCCAUUUAAAUGUCGUAGCGCGUAGCGUGUUUAUUUAAAUUUUAUAUCGAUCUCACGAUAUCUGCAUAUAUCCAAGCUCAUCUCCAAACUCUCUUACGCUUUUUUUAUACAACACAUAUUGGAUCGCGUAACGAGAUAUGCGACCUGUGCCUCGCGGCAAGAUAAUGGAAGGUCUCCCGUCCUCUCGGAGGAGUGUUUCAAACUGAUUAAAAACUGAAAUAAAGCGAUAUUUCAAGUGUCAUCCGUAAAAAUUAAUCGUCAGUGAACGAGCACGUGUUACGAGUAUGACACUUUAUCGGGAGUUUGAUUUAGUAAUAACGAUUUUUCGAAAAUACACCGAAUAUAUAUCGUGCGGUUUGUCGUGAUUUUAUCGCGGGGCACAGAAGUGCAUGAUGAUAAUGCUCUGUCGUUUUGUCCAUUCGUUCGGAUGCGUAUCGUAUGAUCGGCGGAAGCGACAUUCGCGAUUAAUCCAUUAUUUAUUGAUGUUCGAUCCAUUGACGCGUGCGACACGUGCGUUCGAGAGAAUCGAUGAGUCUCAGAAUCAUCUUAUCACGAUGCCUCUAUCAUUCCCUCGCCUCCUUUCCCCCUUCCCGUCCUCCUCUUCCUGUCCUCUCAUUCAUUAAUGAUCCACCCACACCGCAAGUUAUAUUAUCCCGGUAAAUUAAAUGAAAGCGAAAGCGAAUUAACCAAAAGCAAAAAAAAAAAAAAUAAGCAAAGAAAAUACAAAGCCAGCGAUCCUCGGUUCACGGCGACCGAUUUAAUUAAUCGAUUUCUUUUGUUCUGUUCCGGUCGACGUGUUAGAUGGCCCGACAAAUGUGAAGGUCAACAUCUUUCUCCGCUCUAUCAGCAAAAUAGAUGAUUAUAAUAUGGAAUACUCCGUACAAUUAACAUUUCGGGAACAAUGGUUGGAUGAGAGAUUACGGUUUAAUGACUUUGGAGGUAAACUUAAAUAUUUAACUCUGACGGAAGCUAGCCGCGUCUGGAUGCCAGAUUUGUUCUUCUCGAACGAGAAGGAGGGUCACUUUCACAACAUCAUUAUGCCGAACGUAUACAUACGAAUUUUCCCGGAUGGCUCGGUUCUUUAUAGCAUACGGAUAUCUUUGACGCUCUCGUGCCCCAUGAAUUUGAAACUGUAUCCCCUGGAUCGACAAACUUGCUCACUUCGUAUGGCGAGUUACGGAUGGACGAUGAACGAUUUGGUCUUUCAAUGGAAGGAAGGCGACCCCGUUCAAGUGGUUAAGAAUUUACACCUACCCAGGUUCACCCUCGAGAAAUUCCUCACGGACUACUGCAAUAGCAAGACGAACACCGGAGAGUACAGUUGCUUGAAAGUGGACCUGCUCUUCAAGAGAGAGUUCAGUUACUAUCUCAUUCAAAUCUACAUCCCAUGCUGUAUGCUCGUUAUCGUGUCCUGGGUGUCUUUCUGGCUGGAUCAGAGCGCCGUGCCUGCCCGGGUGUCACUAGGCGUUACGACACUGCUGACAAUGGCCACUCAGACAUCGGGGAUAAACGCCUCACUGCCACCGGUCUCCUACACGAAGGCUAUCGACGUUUGGACAGGAGUGUGCUUGACCUUCGUGUUCGGUGCACUACUUGAAUUCGCGCUGGUCAACUACGCGUCGCGUAGCGACAUGCACAGCGACAACAUAAAGAAGCAGUUUCCACAGAACGAGAUGGAACAUUCGUCGUCGAUUGAUCCGUCUUCGGAAUUGCUCGAGCCGGAUGGAUCAACCAACUUCGCUAUGCAACAGCAGACUCAUGGCAGCAAUCCGUCGAUGACACAACAUCAUUCGCUGCCGCGUACGUAUCAGCAGGACCAUCAUCAUCAGCAGCAGCACCACCACCAUCAUCAGUUACAUCGUCAUCAGCGUUAUCAUCCGAAUCGUUCGCCAUCGCCGACUUUCUCGCUGCUGAACGACGAAGAUUGCGUCGCCGGCCGAUGUUCGCCGAUGAAGGCACCGCGACAUCACUCGCGUAGAAGCUCGGCGAGGUCGUCGCCGUCGCGAUGGCCUUCGCCAGCCUCCUCAGCGUCGCCUCUGGGCACGCCGUUGCGCGCCGCAACACCUUCGCCGCCGAUCGCGAUACCGAUUUCGUCCACGACACCGCUGCCCAUGUCGGCUACGGUGUCGUCGAAAACGCGCUACUGGCUGAGGAAAUUGCUUUUAUGUGGAUAUCCGGAUGAUGCCCGAGGCAGCGCGAGAAUCGACUACAUUGCGCGCUAUGCCUUCCCAUUCAUGUUCAUUCUUUUCAACGUCUUGUACUGGUGUAUUUAUACGGGUCAUGGAGGCGACAACGUCAGUGCAGAAAAGUGAAGAAGGAAAGCGUAUACAGAAUUAUGUGUACGAAACCAAGCCGAGUGCGAUCCGUCAAGUCGGAUAAAUCCUCGAAGAAACACCGAAGCAAACUUUUUACGAGCUCCGAUCGUAAGAUGAUACAUUAUUAACACCAACGAUAUUGCAAAUCAAACUGCAGUUUGCUCGACGAGGACCGACCGGAGGCACUUCGACGUGGAGAUAAAUCUUCAUUGUUCGCGCCUGAAACGGAAAUAUUCCAGGACGAGGAUCAUCUAAGGGGCGAGGAUGUUAGCGACGUUCAGUACACAUCUCGGGACGGUCGAAAUGAUGAGGACGAUGAAAUAUAACAUCUUAAUUGCGUAUUACAUCUCAUACACAAAACACAUACACACAUACACAUAUAUGUUCGCGCACACAGACAUAUACACGUAUGCAUGCAUGUAUGUACCAUCGUAAUCGAUGAUCUGUUCGGAAGACCGCGUGCCACAGACUGAAUUGAAAGCGUAGAGGGCCCUGUAUAGCCACGGCCUGUUAACAAUGAAAGAAAAAAAGAUGCAUAAAGUUUAUAAGUAUAAAUAUAUCUACGUUGCGCGAGAUCGCGCACUGUUGGACCGCGGACGCGUCCGUCAUUGCGAAAUUAACGGACAGUUCGUCGGAUCCAGUAAAUAUUACCGUAAGAUGAGAUAACGGUGAGAUAACACACGGCACGUCGAGACAACGUGGUUCGCUUCAGUUUUCCACGUGAAACGACAAUUGUCUCAACACGAGGAUGAACGGCGCGUUUAGACAAGAUGUUUCAUUGAGUUUCAAGAAUACGAAAUGAUCGGCGUUGACUCGCUACGUCGUGUGUUAUCCCUCCUCAAGCCUGUAUAAGGUGCACACGAGGAUCGGCUGCGGAAUGUUCGACGCUAGAAAAAGAAUAUUGAAAGCUAUGUAUCUAGAAAGGUGUUGAACGUUCGAUGAUCUUUCGGGUGUAUAGAACAACCUGUUGGUAUCUGGCAGGUUUAUCAAUCCUAGCGGUACCAAGUGACGCAGACCGAAGCCAAAAGCUCGUGUUUGAAUCAUCAUAUUUUUUUAUUUACCCUAUAUAUAAUUUAAAAGGACAGUGUUAGGUAGCUGUCGCGGAGAUUAGAGAGGCAAAAGGACGUCACGUUGUAAUUUAAUUAUGUCGGUGGAUUUUAGAGAAGUAUCCCCCUGCUCUUCUACCAUUGAUAAUAUACCAUCAGAUGUCUUAUUGGUAUCGCUAGGCUCAGUCCUUAUCCGGGCAGCCGUUCUUUUUGCGAAGAAAAUGAGCCAAUGCUCGUCGAAACAUUUAUUUAAUGCAAAUUAUCGGCAAAUUUAUCUCCAAAUUCGUUUAAAGUUUCGAGUCUUCAAAAGUACAGAUGUAACGAUCAUGACGUAAAGAAUUGCGCGUCUGCUCUGUGUCAAAAAUCAGGGGAUUUGAAUUUCCCUAGAACACAUAUCAAAUGAUCUUAUUUGAUCGCUACUUCUCGGAAGUCAAUGGCAAGCCAAGAAUAUCCUUGCCAAUGGUAAAUUUAUUUUUAAAAUAGUUAAAAUAGUCAAUGUUAUAUUUUAAAUUUAAUGUAGCAAAAAAUCUGCGACGCUAAAUAUAAUGAACCUUCUUCUUCCUCUUAGGCUUCUGGCCUGUGUUACAUCUCUCUCAUAUGUUUGUGGUACGCAUGUUGAUUAUUCAAUUGCCACAAGUAUGCGGGAUCUACAGUUUUAAUAACGAAUCUGUAAUUAUCUAAAAUUAGAACAUUAUCUAAAAUUAAUUUAGAUGAUUAUGGAUUCAUCAUAUUUAACGCCGCAGAUUCUUUUACCACUGGAAGGUGUUUUAAAUGGUUUGUCAUUGCUUUCUGAAAAAUAACGAUCAAAUAAAAUCAUCUGAUGGGUUCUGGCUGGAUUUGAAUCCUUUGGAAUGGAGAACAGGUUUACGCCACUACGGCCACACUUGCAUUUCUGAAGAUUCGAAGCUUUUGAAACAAAUUUAAAAGGAAACAGUUAGCGAACAAAGGAGAUAAAUUCGGCGCAGUUUUCUCGCGAGGAUGAUCUGACAGCCCGGAUGAAGAUUGACGCAAAACGCGGAUGCGAGCCGAGAGCGAUCGCAGGCUCGCGAUACGAAGUAUCGGCGAAGCGGUCGCGUCGCACGCAUACCACGUUCAACAUAUUUCCUGUUUCCGCUGCCCCGGGUCGAUGUGUUCGCUCAGGGAGGAUUCCCGGCGAUGCGGCACGGGGCUGUCCCACGUAUAUUGCUCAGAAGAGAUCGGCGACGCCGCGCCUGGAAACCAAUCCGUCGACCUGUCCGUCGAAAGAGCUGCGGUGUCGUCGACCUCACGGAUGGAACGAGGAGACGACGAAGACACGCAGAACGUGCUCAUAAAGAGAGAAAAAAAAGAGA